UCGGCCUGAGUCUACAGGAGCUGAGCAGGCUGUUGAGGACAGGACACCAUGGACAUCACUCAUCACAGCGUUCCCGGAGUCGGAGCCGACGACAGCAUGUAACACCACCAACAAUCAGAACAAUUUCUGCAGCCCAACGGAUAUCCACCCACGACAAUCCUGGAUUUAAGCAAGCAGAUGUCCACGUAUCUUUGUCGACAGGCCACCCCGGCCUAUCAGCGAGGAGGCCUCGGGAAGGUGGCCUGGAAGAUAACAGGGUGCAGACUGGGACUUGGCGGACUCAGUCACCUCGCCGUUUCUCUUGCACUGACGUUUGCAAGGCAGCUCAUGAGCUCAAGAUGUACAAAGAACUAAUGAUCGGAUUGCUAUUGUCAGGUUAUAUUUCUACAUCAAUCACCUCCAGCACACCUGUGAACGGCAUUGAGACGCAUGAAACAAAAGGCGUAUUACGAACAGCCGAUGACAUUACUAAGGCAAGACCAACAGAACUUUUAGUUACUAGAGACCCGGUCACCACAGGAGGAGAGCAAACAGGAUCCAGAAAACAACUUGACCACAUAUUCUCAGAACCAGUGAUCAUAGCCAUUAUUUGGGGGGUGAUGGCCGGUAUCAUUGGAAUUAUUCUCCUUUUUGCUAUUUGUAUUAGCAAACUAAGUAAGAAACCUUCAUUUAAUGUCCAGCCUUCACUCUCACAUGACACAGAAGCUCCUCUAACUUCUGUAGAAACAGAACAGCCAGAACAGUAAUCGAUGAGAAUCUGCUCACCAAGCCAAAUUUGG